UAUUGUUUGCGAUUUUGUUAAGUUUUAUUUUGUUUUGUUGCAACGCUUUAACAUAUUUGCACCGUGAUCCUUUUUCUGCAACAAAGCCGUGUGUGUAAGUUUGUGUGUUGCUUUAAUUUGUGCGCAUCGGCUUCUGUGAAAAAUCGAAGAAAGGAGCCAGCCAGCUGUCCGCCCUAUGUUGAAAUAUUAUAUGUUAACUCCAAACGAUUGUUUGUACGUUUGAAUUUCGCUAAACUACAGUCCUGACCAUGGCCGAGGACACCGAAUAUAAGAAACUACCCGUGGAUGAGCGUUGCGUGCACAAACUAUGGAAAGCGCGCGUCGAUGGCUACGAAGAAGCUGCCAAACUGUUUCGGGAGCUAGAUGAUGAAAAAUCCCCUGAGUGGUCGAAGUAUGCAAGUUUAAUUAAAAAAAUGGUCGUCGAUUCGAAUGCUCUGGCUCAGGAGAAGGGUCUGGAGGCGGCCCUCAUCUUUGUCGAGAACAGUGGGCUAGCCGGUCGAACCGUGGGCGAUGUUAUGACAGGGAUUGUGCAAAAAUGUAUUGCGGCCCCCAAAGUCAAGACCAAGGAUUUGUCAGUGCAGGUCACGUUAAUGUAUAUAGAGAUUGAGAAACAUGAGGCAGUGAUCGAGGAACUCGUCAAGGGCAUGGAGCAUAAGAAUCCAAAGAUUGUAUCAGCGUGUGUGGCAGCCACAACGUUAGCGUUGCGCGAAUUUGGUCACAAGGUGAUCAAUGUAAAGCCGCUGAUAAAGAAACUCGCCCCCCUGAUGAGCGAUCGCGAUAAAGCAGUGCGUGACGAAGGCAAGCAGUUGGCCGUCGAAAUUUAUCGCUGGAUUGGCGCCGCUAUGAAAGCUCAAAUUGCCACAUUGCCUCAAGUCACGCUCAAGGAACUGGAGGAUGAGUUCGAGAAGGUAAAGAGCGAACGUGCUGAACCAUCAAGAUACCUAAAGUCACAGCAGGAGAAGCAACAAAAGAUUGCAGAUGCCGCUGCUAAUGACGAUGCCUAUAAUGAUGAUGAAGCCGAUCCUGAUGUCGAUGAGGUUGAUCCCAUGGAUCUUAUCGAUCCUGUGGAUAUAUUGUCAAAAAUGCCAAAAGAUUUCUACGAAAAGCUGGAGGAAAAAAAAUGGACAUUGCGCAAAGAGUCCUUAGAAACCCUUGAAAAAUUGCUCACGGAUAAUCCAAAGCUGGAGAGCGGAGAGUAUGGCACCCUAGUCAACACGCUGAAGAAGGUCAUCACAAAGGAUUCGAAUGUGGUGUUGGUUGCCAUGGCGGGAAAAUGCUUGGCCAUGCUGGCAAAGGGCCUGGGCAAGCGUUUCUCAACCUAUGCAUCGGCUUGUGUGCCCGCCCUGCUAGAGAAAUUUAAGGAGAAAAAACCAAAUGUUGUCAAUGCACUACGAGAAGCCACGGAUUAUAUUUAUGCAUCGACAACUCUGGAGGCUCAACAAGAAUGUAUCGUUGAAUCUCUGGCCAAUAAAAAUCCAAGUGUCAAAUCGGAGACUGCAUUAUUCUUAGCACGUGCUCUCUCACGCACACAGCCUGCAGCUCUGAAUAAAAAACUAAUCAAGGUCGUAACCACAGCGCUUAUUAAAACACUCAACGAAUCCGACCCAACAGUGCGUGACAGUUCAGCGGAAGCCCUGGGAACACUGAUGAAGCUAAUGGGUGAAAAAACGUUGGCCCCACUGCUUAUGGAUGUGGAUCCCCUAAAGAUGAGCAAGAUAAAGGAAUGCCACGACAAGGCUGAGAUUAAAGUCAAAGUAGUCGGUCCCAAGAAGGAAGCUCGGCCUGCGACAGCUCCUGGAGUCAAGCCAGCAGCAUCCAAAGUGGCCGGUAGCGUGGACCCAAAACCAGUGACACGGCCUGCUACAUCAGGCGCUCGUAAGAUUGUCAAAAAACCAGCUGCCUCGGGUGGAUCUGGUUCCGGAGCUGGAUCAGCUGGAGCUGGAAUAGCUGCUGGAAAAUCCUCAGGGAAAUCCAUAGCCUCAGAACGUGAAAUGUCGCCUGAGGAAGUGCAGGCCAAAGCCGAUGAAAUUAUACCCAUGGAUAUUCUCAACGGCCUUGUUGAUUCCAAUUGGAAAAACCGCUUGGCAGCUGUGGAAAAUUUUCUGGGACAAAUCACAAGUUUUGAUGCCAAACAGACGGGUAUUUCACAGAUUUUAAUACGCACUAUCAGCGGCCGAAAACCGGGCCUCAAGGAAAUGAACUUUCAGGUGCUCAAAUACAAGUUGGAUAUCAUUCGUAGCGUUGCCGAAAACUACACGCUAACUACCAUCACAGUGGACCACGUGGUGAAUGAUAUUACCGAAAAGCUGGCCGAUGCCAAAAACAGCACUACAGCUGCUGAGGUACUUACCGCAUUUGCAGAGGCUACCAAACUCGAGUAUGUGGUCGGAAAAGUGCUGACCUUUGCUCUGGAGCAGAAAUCACCGAAAGUGCAGUCCGAGGCGUUCAACUGGGUCAACAAGUCCAUCACUGAAUUUGGAUUCCAGUUGCAACCCAAAAUGCUUAUUGAAGAUGUGCGCAAGGGUGUGCAGAGCAUUAAUCCGACAGUGAGAGGCUCUGCCAUCUUGUUAGUAGGCACUAUGGCAAUGUAUAUGGGCAAUGCUCUCAUGAUGUUCUUCGAUGGAGAAAAGCCUGCGCUAAAAUUACAAAUACAAGCUGAGUUUGACAAGAAUGUGGGUGAGAAACCGCCGAAACCGGUGCGAGGAGUUCAGAAAGCUUUUGCAGCCGCAGCCAACGAUGAUGUUGAAGUAGAUGAAGGAGCAGGAGGAGAUGAAGAACCCAUUAACAUGGCAGAUUUGUUGCCACGAGUUGAUAUUUCACCACAAAUUACUGAAGCAUUGCUCAAAGAAAUGGCCGACAAGGAUUGGAAAACUCGCAAUGAGGGGCUGAAUAAGUUGCAGAUCAUUAUUAGUGAGGCAAAGCUAAUAAAACCGUCAAUAGGCGAUUUGUCACCAGCCCUGGCUCAGCGUCUAGUCGAUUCCAACGCCAAAAUAGCACAGACUGCAUUAUCCAUAUGCGAGCAGUUGGCCACGGCCAUGGGUUCCGGUUGUCGGGCUCAUGUGCGUGCCCUAUUUCCUGGAUUUCUGCACGCCCUGGGCGACAACAAAAGUUUUGUACGAGCCGCUGCACUUAAUUGCAUUAACAGCUUCGGUGAAAAGGGCGGCUACAAGGAAUUCUUUGAAGCGGAAAUGAUUGCUGAUGCGCUAAAAUCUGGCUCGCCGGCACUUAAGGUUGAGCUUUGGAACUGGCUGGCUGAGAAGUUGCCCGCAUUGCCGAACAAAUCAAUAUCCAAGGAAGAGUUAGCCUCAAUGGUGCCACACUUAUAUGCGCACAUAUGUGAUCGCAACGCCGAUGUGCGAAAGAAUGCUAAUGAAGCGGUUCUUGGAAUUAUGAUACAUCUGGGGUAUGAGUCGAUGGUUCGCGCACUAGACAAACAGAAGCCCGCCUCAAAGAAAGACAUACAAGCUGCUCUUGACAAGGCGCGACCAAAUAUGCCCAUCAAACCUUUGCCCAAAGGCAAGCAACAGGCCCCCAUACCGGAGGAAACUAAGAAGGUGGUGCGUGGUGGUGGCGUUGCAGCACAGAAAGCAGGCCCAGCGAAAGCGGCCGCAGCGAGCGAUAAAACCACUACGCAAUCGCGCAAAAAGGAAGAGGAAGUAGAUACUUCACCACUGCUGGCAGUGAACAAUACGAAGAAUCAACGGCUGAUCGAUGAGCAAAAAAUGCGUGUUCUAAAAUGGACCUUCACCACGCCGCGUGAGGAGUUCACGGACCUGCUGCGUGAACAAAUGACAACAGCCAAUGUCAACAAGGCGCUGAUGGCCAAUAUGUUUCAUGAUGACUUUAGGUAUCACUUGAAAGUCAUCGAACAAUUGAGCGAAGAUUUGCCCAACAGCAGUAAAGCCUUAAUAUGCAAUCUGGAUCUUAUCCUUAAGUGGCUAACACUACGUUUCUACGAUACGAAUCCUUCUGUGCUAAUUAAGGGUCUCGAAUAUCUAGUGCAAGUGUUCCAGAUGCUAGUUGAAGUAGAAUACAUAUUGGCGGAAAACGAGGGUAGCAGCUUUGUGCCACAUUUGCUGCUAAAGAUUGGCGACUCCAAGGAUGCAGUGCGAAAUGGUGUGCGCCGAGUACUUCGUCAGAUAAUACUCGUCUACCCCUUCACGAAAGUAUUUUCGUACGUGAUGGAAGGUUUGAAGUCGAAAAAUGCGCGUCAACGCACCGAAUGCCUAGAUGAGCUCACUUUCCUCAUCGAAUCUUACGGCUUAGGCAUUUGUCAACCGUCGCAGCAAGUGGCUCUCAAGGAGAUUGCACGUCAAAUAUCGGAUCGUGACAAUUCAGUGCGAAAUGCUGCACUCAAUUGCAUUGUACAGGCAUAUUUUCUGGCUGGCGACAAGAUCUAUAAGUUGAUUGGCCAACUGAACGAGAAGGAUCUGUCCAUGUUAGAUGAGCGCAUUAAACGCGCUAAGAAGACUAAAAAACCAUCUGCGACGCCCACAGAAGUGAGCAGCAAACCCCAAAGCUCGCAGAUGGUCCAGCAUCAGGACAGCAUCGAGAUCGAAGAUGGCAACAGCAAUGGCUGCGAUGAGCUUCCAUUGCCCGAUGAUGAAGGUGACCAGCAAGAAGCGACUAUGCGCCAACAAAGUCACUUGUCGGAUCAGAGCGCCACAGGUCUAGCUGCUUUACUAAACUCUCUUAAACGACAGACAACGUUCGAUCAGUUGCCGUCGACUCAGCUGCUCCAACUGCAACAACAACAGCUGCAACAACAGGUUCAACAAUUGAAACCAAGUGGACCCUUCGGCCUAGAUCCGGAUGUUAUAGCCGAAAUCGAAAAAGGCUGGGUACGUGCCGAUCAAAUGUCACAAAAGGACAUACCUACUGUUGAUAUAACGCUGCUCUACGAACCUAUAAGAGUUAUACCUACACGUGGAGGCGUCCAAUAUCCGCAGGAGAAGUUCGAUCGUCUCAUUUCGAGGCAACAUUAUCUGCAACAAACCAUGACGACGCCUCCAUCGGCAGCAGUCUCAACGCUGUCUGCUGGCAUUUCGCCGUAUCGCAGUCCCAUGAGAAUCCAACAGCAACAGCAACAGUUCACAAACGCGCUGGACCAUGUCGGACCUAAUUUGGCCGAUGUCCUGCCCAAGCAUGAUCCGCAACUGGUAAAGGUUAUAAAGGCCAUUAGCAGCACUGAUACACUGAAGGCUCGUGCUGCAAUUAACGAGCUAACGGAAAUAAUUGAGACGCCCGAAAAACAAGCCGUUCUGCGGGACUAUGAAGAAAUAUUUAUACAAAAUGUGCUGGCACAAUUGAAGAACCUUUCGCAAAUACCCAUAUCAGAGUCCCUGGUUGUGUAUCAACCACUGCUUUCCAUAUUAUACACAUUUUUCCAUGCAAAGACCUUGGGCAAAACGCUUAGUGUAGCUUGCAUUAAGAAUCUCAUGUCAGCGUUGCUGCAUCUUAUGGCCGAUCAGAAGUUGACCAGCAGCGAUGAGAGCCAAUACAAUAAAGUGAUCAACGGAAUAUGCUUAAAAGUGCUGGACAAAGUGAAUUUCACGAAUUUAAAUUGCGCACUCAUUCGACUACUGCGUGAGACCUGUCCUGUGGCUGGGCUGCCUAAAUUCACGGAUCUGCUGAUGAAGUGCAUUUGGCGUAAUGUUAAAAUGUUGCCUGAACGCUCGAACGAGCUGAACUAUGAUGCCGUCAUCUUGGAAGUACAUGAAUUCAUGCUUGCAUUGCCCAGCACCUGGUGGCAGAAUCGACCCUCGGAUACGCCACUGCGAACGGUCAAAACUAUAAUACACAAUAUGGCUAAGGUGAAGGGUAACGCCAUAUUGCAGCAUCUGAAUCAGAUACCAACGCAUUCGGAACUGCACACUUAUUUAAUACGUAUACUUAAGAAUUUCCAAAAGGAUGGCACCGUCGCCAAUGUUGGCGCUUCCCCGCAGCGUCAACUGACAUCGAAGGAGUCAUCCUCAAAGCGUAUUUCGCAUCAAACACACGACACGGUGUCGCAAAUAUUCAAGUUGAUAUCCGACAAAGAUACCAAACAGCAAGGCUUGCAAAAGCUUUAUGACUUUAAGCAACAAAAUCCCGACAUUGAUUUGAGCUCAUUUCUACAAGGGGCCAGCGCCACUUUUCACAAAUAUAUAGAAGAGGGCUUAGCUGAGAUUGAACGCAACAAAAAUUCUGGCUCCAAUCAGCCUGAUAAUCGCACAGCGGCUACACGUCCUUAUCUCGCAGAUGCUAACUAUCAGAAUGCCGAACGCGAAAUAGAUCCCGAGUACUGGCUGGAUCGACUACAAUACUUGACUGGUGGAGGCGGUGGUGGCAGCAAACUAUCAUCACACCACACUGGCGACGGAUCAAAUAUGUUUGACAAUAAAGUGGCUGAUGAGAAUCUCUGUUUGAAUUCAAUAAAUUCGCAGAAGGCGUCCCUAAUAAGGCGAGAGAAACCUGAGCUAUCGCCAAAUCGGCUUCUUCAUAUACAGGCAAAACUGGCGCAAAUAAAAAAGGAAAAUCAUGCCCAAUAGUUAUACGGCGCUCUUCUUUAGUUGAUGUUGCGUCACAACAGUUGGGCUGGGCUGGGCUGCGAAAGCGUACUACUUGUAGUUCAAUAUUUAUUAUUAUAUUAUAUUGACAAGUAUUUCAACGAGCUCCAUUAGGGUGGCUGUGUAAACUGCAUACAUACAUACAAUAUAUAUACCAUUUAUUAUUUAACCAAUUAUUGCUUAUAAGCUCCUCCAUAUAUUCACAUAAAUAAUUGUAAUGUUUAAUAACAAGUUAAAAACUGUUAACAACAA